UGAGUCGCUCUCUCUGAAGUUGUGUUUUCCAAGGCCUAUUUCAAAGGCCUCCUCUGCUGCUAACCUCUUUUGAGUGUAGUAAAUGCCGUUGGUUUAGCAGUUGCUCUACCAAAGCUACCUGUAGCUUUAGACUUGUUUGAAAUUUAGGCUGACGUGGAAUAUUUGCGCUGAAUAAUAUGACUCCUCAGGUAACUGGUGGCUGUAGCUUAAAGAAAUUUGAAACUGCUUUGAGGAAAGUAAAUGGAGUCGUGCAUGUCUUGAUGUCUUUUCUAGCUGUGUUUUUCAUUCUUGAAUGUUCCAAAAAUGACAGGAAGUAAUAUUUUACUGAAAGCAUAUUUUUUCAGAAUGAAAGUGCAUUUCAGAUUUUUGCCUUUUCAGUGACAGAACAGUUUUGCAGUGAAAAAAGGAAAGAAUGAGGAAUAUAUUUCUACAGUUAUUAAUGGUAAUUCGGCUGGGGGCCACCCCUGUUAGCCUGAGCUUGCUCUCUCUCCAGGUUUAUGCUUCCUCUUCAGAGAAGGAGACUUCCAAAAAGGAGUUGCUGAAAAUUGAGGAACUGUCACUCUACUCCUCUCCAGCUCGUGAGACUAAAUAUGUGGAGAAUCCACAAACCCAAUUGGAAGAGGGGGUUUCGCAUUUACGGCAUGUUAUGGAACCAUAUACGGCCUGGUGUCAGGAUCUUUAUGCCAAAGCUAUGCCCAACUUAGAAAAAGCUGUUGAGCGUGGUAGAGAGGGCUGUGAAUUUCUCCAAAACCCCCCUGCUGGAUUUUAUCCAAGGCUUGGUGUGAUAGGUUUUGCUGGAAUUGUUGGUUUGUUUCUUGCCAGAGGCUCAAAAAUAAAGAAGUUAGUGUAUCCUGCAGGUCUCAUGGGCAUUGGUGCCUCUAUGUAUUACCCUCAGCAAGCGGUUUCUGUUGCAAAGGUUGCUGGUACACAGCUGUACGACUGGAGUCUUCAGGGAUAUAUUGCUGUAGAAUCUCUUUGGAAGGAUAACCCUAAGAAGAAGAAAUCUGGGAAAAAAAGUGAUAAGGGUGAUGCAGAUGGUGACAAGCCCCUGGAAAUCCAUGCUGCUUCAAAUGAAGAGCGAGCCCAGAAGUAGAACACCCGAUCACUUGGCAUCAAACAGGUAAAGGAUAAAGACUGGUAACAGUAUGUGGCUCCAGCAGCAAAAUAACUUGGAAAAGCUGAACAUUUGCAAGUUUGACUUGUAGUUAUCUUCUUCAUACUGAUGAAGAAAGAGGGGAAGAGAGGUAAUAAUUUGAUUCAUUUUAACAUCUCUCAAGAAUAUGCGUGCUCCUUAACACUGUGUAACUUAAGUCAUGUAAAUUCUUUAUCCUCAGAACAUAACAAGUAAAUGUCUGUCUCCUCCAAGGGUUCUGAGUUAAUUUAGCAAGGCCCUUGUAUUGGGGUUUGUUUUUUUUUUUUUUAAUCCUUCUUCCCUUCCCAUUUCUGCCCCUUGUGCUAAAAACCUCUUUGCCUUCUUUCUCAUACCUGUGCAGGUAUGAAGGAAGGAAAAGAACCUCUUUCCUACUGAUAAUGUUUUCUCUAAAGAUUUGUCAAUGCCAGGGUACAACGUUAUCUUACAGCCUGUAACAGUCCACGAUGUGCCUGACCUUUCAUGUUGAUGCACCUCCCUAACGAGCAUCAGUUGGGAAUGAAUGAUGGAGGAAAUGCAGGCAGCGUUUCCCAGUUCUCCAAGCCAGAAACUCAAGCUGAGACAAUACUUCUGUUUCUGACUUGGCCACUGGGCUGCUUUCUAAACUCACUAAGUCCUGUGAUUGUUACAGUUUCUAGAAAAGCAAAACAAACCCACCUUCUCAGCUUUUUUUAAGGUGGUUCAAUUUCAUAGGACAAAAAUUGCUCUGUAUUUGAGGCCUAUUGUUACUAAUGAUAAAGUAAUUGGACAUAAUUUAGUACAGAAUCAGAUGUCUACUCUGCUCUCUGUUGAUAAAGGAUGUCGUAUCCAAACAUGUUUUCUAGUUGCUUUUCUUUGCCCUAUAUUAUUUUCACAUUAUGGUAAAGACUUUAUUUUUCAUCAGGAAGUAAUCCUGGCAUUGUAGGGACUCCUCAUUAUUUUUGUGUGCAGUGUUCCCUUUACCAGUAAAAUUGUUCUUUUCCUAACUGCCAACUGUGUAAAUAGAGUCCAGAUUUAGAAAACUGCACCAAUUUUUUCUUCCAUGCAUCAUCACCAGUCAUAGAUGUUUGCAGAUGUGAUGGAACACGUGCAUCUGCUUGAGCAACAGCAUUCCACUGUUACAGGAUCAGCUUUAAAAGCAAAUCUAGUUUCUAAUGUUGUAUUUCCCUCAGUGUGUUUUUAAUUGCUGUAACUAAUUCUCACAAGGGCAAAAAGGUAUGUUGGCUGGCUGAUUUACAGAAUGCAUUAGUUUCUCCUUUGACCAUAUGAAUAUAAAGUCUUUAAGAAUAUGUGUUUUCCAAGUACUUUAUAAAAAUAGCCAUGUAAAAUAAAAAUUAAAAAAGAAACAGGAAGAACAGUUUUGUUUUGAGUAAAGAUACCCAGGAGAACCAAGAGGAAGAAAAGCUUCUCUAAAAUUCACUAAAAUGUGCUUAUUGUGAACUAUGACAGAACUACUAAAUGUUAAAAAGCCAGGAAAAUUGAACUUUUGUGUGUAUGUAUGUGGGACACCAUGCAAACAUCAAGGUUCAUUACAAACAGAAACCCAUAAAUAGCUUUUAUUUUCUUUCAGCAUUUCUUACUAUGUGAAUAUCAGUUCUGGUAGGUCGUUACUCACUUUUUGAAAUGCUAGUGCUUUUUGCUGAAGGCACAUUUUCUUUUUAAGGGGUGGUGGGUGGAAGGAAAGGAACAAAGCUGUCAGGAAGACUUACGCUAAAGUUGGCAUCCAGACCCUUUGUCCUCAGGAUUUUAAUCCUAAAUAUACUCAUCCUAUGUAAGUAAGUUUUGAGGAAAAGCUCACUAACAGCUGGUGUCUUAGGUGCUCUACUGUCUUUCUUUUUACAGAGUUAAGAUAAUUGCUCAGGUGCUUGAAGUACCUGGGUGCUGCUGGUUUUGAAAUCUGUUUGUUUUGCCACAUGUUUCUGGAGGAGAUACAUAAAUGGAACUGCUAGUUUUUUGACCUAGAGCAACCAGAUGGUGAAAGUUCAGUUCCGUAUCAAUUUUCAGCUGUUCUGCGGGGGUGGUGACUUGCUACUUCUGCUUGAAAUCAAA